AUGACACAACCCAAGGAAUCAGAAGCAGAAAAACAAGAAGAGGCUGAUUGUUUGGAUACAUGCAUGGCGUCUCCUAUCUCGUGUUUGUGGAUUCACGACCUCGGAGAUAAGCUUCAUCCUGUAGUAUCAGUAAUUCUCUAUACACUUCUUUGUCCUGUCACAAUGCCAUGCUUGUGUACAGUAGGAGCUCUUGUGCUUUGCAAGACAUGUGUAUCACUUGAGGAUGACGAGUUUGAGAAUAGAGAGUCGGAUGAAGGAACCAAGAAAGGAGAACAACGAACAAAAUCGCCUCAACCAUAA